CUUCCACUGAGGGAUCAGGGCCUCCCCCAUUUUUCUCACCCAGGAGGCGGCGGCGGCGGCGGCGGCGGCAGCUUGCGAUGUUUGGCCUCAAAAGAAACGCAGUAAUUGGACUCAACCUCUAUUGUGGGGGGGCCGGGUUAGGGGCCGGCAGCGGCGGGGCCUCCUCUUCGGGAGGGCGGCUUUUGGCUUCGGGGAAGGAGGCCACGGCCCGGCGGGAGUUAGGGGGAGGGGAAGCCGGUGCGGUGAUUGGCGGAAGCGCCGGAGCGAGUGCCCCGGCCACUGUUGCGCCGGACGCCCGGAGGGUCGCGCGGCCCUCGCCCAUUGGCGCCGAGAGCCCCGACGUCACCGCGACCCCCCCGAGGCUGCUGUUCUUCGAGCCCACCCGCCGCGCGUCGCCGCCUGAAGAGAUGGAAGGCCCAGCCGCCGACGCCAUCAUGUCGCCCGAAGAGGAGCUGGACGGGUACGAGCCGGAACCUCUGGGGAAGCGGCCGGCUGUCCUGCCUUUGCUGGAGUUGGUCGGGGAGGCCAGCAGUGGCCCUUGCAGGGACGGCUCACUGCCCUCGACGCCACCCCCAGCAGAGGAGGAGGAAGACGAGUUGUACCGGCAGUCGCUGGAGAUUAUCUCUCGGUACCUUCGGGAACAGGCAACAGGCGCCAAGGACGCGAAACCACUGGGCGGGUCUGGGGCGGCCAGCCGGAAGGCGUUAGAGACCCUCCGACGGGUCGGGGACGGGGUUCAGCGCAACCACGAGACGGCCUUCCAAGGCAUGCUUCGGAAACUGGACAUCAAAAACGAAGACGAUGUCAAAUCUUUGUCUCGAGUGAUGGUCCAUGUUUUCAGUGACGGAGUAACAAACUGGGGCAGGAUUGUGACUCUUAUUUCUUUUGGUGCCUUUGUGGCCAAACACUUGAAGAGUAUAAACCAAGAAAGCUGCAUCGAACCAUUAGCAGAAAGCAUCACAGAUGUUCUCGUAAGGACAAAACGAGACUGGCUAGUCAAACAAAGAGGCUGGGAUGGGUUUGUGGAGUUCUUCCAUGUAGAGGACCUAGAAGGUGGCAUCAGAAAUGUGCUGCUGGCUUUUGCAGGUGUUGCUGGAGUAGGAGCUGGUUUGGCAUAUUUAAUAAGAUAGCCUUUUAAGUGCAAUAAUUGACUUUUAACAACCCUAGGCACCAAAACCACAUACGACUGCUGUGAAAUCAAAUGUAUUUAUGAAGUUGGACUUUGAGCUGUCCAGGCUGUAACCUCCAAGAGUUCUACUCUAGCAACGUAGAUCAGCAAGUGGCAAGAGGAUUAUGGCUAACAGGAAUAAAUACAUGGGAAAAGUAGUCCCCCUUGAAGAGUCACUGUCUAAAAGAAGCAAAGUUCAGUUUCAGCAACAGGCAAACUUUGGGAGGCCAUGGAGGAGGACUUUUAGAUUUAGUGGAGAUGGUAGGGUUGAAGAGACUUAAUUUCCUUGUCUAGAACAGGAGAGUGGCCAGUAGCCAGGCUAGUCAUAGAGUCCAUUAAAUAUGUCCACUGAAUUAAUUAACUUCUUAUAGUGUUAAAAGAGAAGCACUAACAAUGGCAUUGAUCUGUAUAAAAUGGAAUUAAGCUACAGGUAAUAACUAUGACUAGAAGCCUCAGUACUGUACAACAGAGUGUGAAGGGAAGCUUUUUCUCUGUAAUUAGCUUUCCCAGGUAUACUUCUUGAAUAGAAAGUCCAAUUGCUCAGGACUUUUAAACCUGUUCUACUUUGGCUUGGUUUGAGUGGUUUAGUUUAUUAGCCUAGUGAUGGCCAAGAAUACUUGACUUAAGGCUCAAUAAUUACAGUUGCAAAUAUGAGAAUGUCCUCAAUUUUUAAGGUAAAAACAUCUUGUAAAUGUAUUUGUCUGUAAAAAUUGUGUAUAUUUUUACAGAAAGUCUAUUUCUUUGAAAUGUAAAGGGAUGAAGAGUCUCGAAAUACAUCAGUUUUUGCAUACCCGUUUGAACUUCUGUAGUUAGGAAUCUAUUUCUUAACAGCUUUUCUAUUCUAAAUAUUGUUCUGGUCUUCUAGAUUGUAUACAGAACCAAUUGGUGUAAUUGUACACAACUUGGUUGUAAUGGAACAAUUCUGAUUCAUAACUAUGCAGACUUUAAUUUUCCUAUCUGGUUGGUAAGUAUUCCUUAGUUUUUGUUUUUUUAAAAUCUGGGAUUGAGAAACUGAGGAAUGGGAAUUCAUCCUUUCACCGCCUUACAUAUGGGUUUUCAGUAAUUGAGUCAAGGUGGAGUUUAAGUUUUGGGCAGGGGGCGCAUGUGGGCUGAUAACUUACAAAAUAAUGGGCUCUGAUUGAUGAGUAAGCUACUCAUUUGAGUUCCUUCCACUUGACCUAAUUUAACUGGUAAAAUUUAAAUUGAGUUUAUGAGCUCAUCUUCAAAACUUUUGCUAAAAGAUUUUCAGCUGUUCCAAAUGGGACUUACUAACAGUAUGUAUAUAAAAAGAUCACAUCAGUGGAUGAGAGAUACUUGAUCCCUUGUUUGCUUAAUAAAUUGUAAAAUGAUGGCUUGGAAAAGCAGGCUUAUAGUCUAACCAUGGUGCUAUUAUUAGGCUUGCUUGUUAAACACAGGUCUAAGCCUAGUAUAUCAAUAAAACAAAUACUUAUGUUUCAUUU